AUGGCACAACGAAAGAAGAAACUGACGAAAAAGAAGAAGAACCCGGCGCACAGAGAGCCCGAUGCUGACUCAGAUGGAGGAGAUUUCGAAUUGGCAGCCGAAAUUAAAGACGACAGUGUGGUUGGUACAAAGCUGCCCCGCUUUCCUGCCUCAUCUGAUUGCCUGUCGGAUGUGGAGCCAGACACCAGAGAGAUGGUUAGAGCUCAGAACAAGAAGAAGAAAAAGUCUGGUGGCUUUCAGUCCAUGGGUCUCAGUUACCCUGUCUUUAAAGGAGUAAUGAAGAAGGGCUACAAGGUUCCCACACCAAUCCAAAGAAAAACUAUUCCUGUAAUCCUGGAUGGAAAAGAUAUUGUCGCCAUGGCAAGAACGGGAAGCGGAAAAACGGCUGCAUUCUUGGUGCCCAUGUUUGAGAGGCUGAAGGCCCCUCAGGCACAAACUGGUGCUAGAGCUCUGAUCCUUACACCCACUCGAGAACUGGCACUGCAGACCAUGAAAUUCACCAAAGAGUUGGGCAAGUUUACUGGGCUAAAAACUGCAUUGAUCCUUGGUGGAGACAGCAUGGAUGAUCAGUUUGCUGCUCUACAUGAGAAUCCAGACAUUAUCAUUGGUACGCCUGGUCGUCUGAUGCAUGUUGUCAUGGAAAUGAACCUGAAGCUGCAGAGCGUGGAGUAUGUGGUGUUUGAUGAAGCAGAUAGGCUGUUUGAGAUGGGCUUUGCCGAGCAGCUGCAGGAGAUCAUCAGACGGCUCCCUGAAACUCGACAGACCCUGCUGUUCUCUGCCACGUUGCCCAAACUGCUUGUGGAGUUUGCUAGAGCUGGACUAACUGAUCCAGUGUUGAUUCGUCUAGAUGUAGAUACCAAGCUCAGCGAUCAGUUAAAGCUGGCAUUUUUUCACUUGCGCCUGGACGACAAGCCAGCACUGCUGCUGCAUCUCCUUCGUAAUGUAGUUAAACCUCAGGAGCAGACAGUGGUAUUUGUAGCUACUAAACACCAUGUGGAGUACUUGAACCAGCUGCUGACUGCAGAAGGCAUAGAGUGUGCCUACAUCUAUAGCGCCCUGGACCAGACAGCCAGAAAGAUCAAUAUUGGUCGUUUCGUCCACCGUAAAGCAAUGGUUCUUCUCGUGACUGAUGUGGCAGCUCGUGGUAUCGACAUCCCUCUCUUGGACAACGUCAUCAAUUACAACUUCCCCUCUAAGGCCAAGCUUUUCCUGCACAGAGUCGGUCGUGUAGCCCGUGCUGGCAGGAGUGGUACCGCUUUCAGCUUGGUGUGCCCAGAUGAAGUCCCAUUUGUUUAUGACCUUCACCUCUUCCUUGGGCGACCUAUGGAUCUUGCGACCCUUGAUCACCCACAGGAUGCUGAUGGUGUCAUCGGCCGUGUUCCGCAGAGCAUCUUGGAUGAUGAAGAGGCACAUCUCCUCACUUCCCAUGAGAACUCACUAGACCUCCAGAACCUCAAACGGGUCUCGGAGAACGCUUACAAGCAGUACCUGAAGUCACGGCCCAGCCCGUCACCUGAAUCCAUCAAACGAGUGAAGAGCUCUGACCUGUCUUCCAUAGCUGUUCACCCGUUGCUAGGGUCGGGACUUGAGAAGAUGGAGCUGGAGCGAUUGCAGAUGGUUGACUCCAUCAAGGCUUACAAGUCAAAAUCUACUAUAUUUGAGAUCAACUCUAACAAUAAAACCAAUGCGAGUGAGGUGAUGCGGGCGAAGCGGUCUCGGGACAGCCGACUGGUGGACAAGUUUCAGAGAUCAAGGGAGGAGCUGCUGGCGGAGAGUCAGCUGAAUAAGCCAGUUCCUCGGCCUGCUAGCUCAACUGAACCGCAAUACAGUGAUGAAGAGGAAGAGGAUCUUCGGGGCGUGUUCUCAGAGGUGGUUGGAGGAAAGAGACGGAAGCAAGAUGAAGAAAUGGAGGUGGACAGGCCUAAGAGCAAGAAGAAAAGGCAGUCAGGUCAAGAUGAGGAGUUUUACAUCCCCUACAGACCCAAAGACUUUGAUUCAGAGCGGGGACUCAGUCUUGGGACUGAAGGCAACACGUUUGAGCAGCAGGCUUCCUCGGCAGUGCUGGAUCUUAUGGGCGAUGAGAGCAACACAAUGAACCAGCACAAGAGCAUGAUGAAAUGGGAUCGCAAAAGAAAACGUUUCAUCCGUGACACAGGAAAAGAAGAUAAAAAGAACAAGAUAAAAACGGAGAGCGGACAAGUAGUCAGUGCUAAGAAAAAGAAGAAGAACUUCUAUGAGGAAUGGAAGAAGAAGUACAAGGUGGAUGAUGAUGUGUCUGAUUCAGAAGGAGAGAAUGGAGGAGGGAGGCGGCAGAAAUUUGCAGGUCGGAGGGGCCGGAGGGGAGGCAGCUCUCAGCCCCAGAGCAGGAGCGGCUCACGGGUACGUUCAGAGCUGAAGAGCCGUGAGCAGAUUCUCAAGCAGCGCAAGCAGCAGUCUAAGCAGCAGUUCCUGCAGAGUGGAGGCUUUAAGAAGCUACGUGGCAGAAACAAGCAGCGUCUCCACGAGGUCAUGAAGUCUGGCUUCGGCCGUGGCCACUUCAAGAAAGGCAAGAUGAAGAAGAGACUGUGAGACUCUAAGGGUCGAGUAGUUGAAUGCUGGCCAAAUUCCAGUCUCAGUUAGCCACAACAGCUUUUAACCUGUGUCACUUUUGCUACGGGAAACGAAUGGGUUGGUUUUAAAAGGCCGCUAUUAAAUAUUUGUCUUCAGUGGCAUAUUAUGUGACAGGUGAAACAGAGUUUAAUGACCCUACUGCCUUAUUUCUCUCACUUCUGUUGAGGUAUUGUGUUGGGCAAAUGGGAAAGGACAAUAUAAGAGUAAUAAAAUGUCAGAGACCAUUUAUAAUGAUAAAGACAUCUUAUACACUGCUACAGUUGUAUGCAAAACCUUGGGCACCUCUAGUCAAAUUACAUGUGAAGAGGUUCAUUCUGAAAUGCUGUAUGUCCAUUUGUAUCAGUAUUGGAUAUAAGGACUUUUUUGAAAAGAAUAACAGAUUAACAUUUGUAUUUCUGUAAUAAAAGUGGUAUUGAUCAUAAGUUGGCUUCCAACGCC